AGAACAGAGACCAGCAUAACAGUAGAUGUAUGGACAUGACUGUACAUGGUGUAGCAGUCAAGAAAUAUCAUUUCGAAUAGAACCCAAACCUCUCCCCGACCAGUUUCGACUGAAAUUGUCCACCAUUAAGUGUGCUAGCUUAGUUCGUUGCUAGCUAAAUGGUAGCCUGCAGAGACACACCGAGCGUUGUGCUAAUAGCAGGCGGCGGCGCCACAUAGCGGCGAAUCCAUACCCGAAGAAGAGCUUUGUGCUAAUAGCAGGCGGCGGCGCCACAUAGCGGCGAAUCCAUACCCGAAGAAGAGCGUUGCUCAGCAACGAGAAGACAAACAAGCUCUUGCACUACAGCUAGUAGAGUUAGCUAGUUCAAUAGUUUACAACGCAACCGCUCUCAACUCAACUUAGAAAGACUUAUUUUUGCUUGCAAAUAACGUUUGGAGAUUUAUUGUUAAAAAUUGUGUUCUCAGAUGGUACAUUAAUAAGAUGGCUGGCAAAAAGAAAGAAGUAAGCUUGCAGGCGUCUGUCGCAAACCAAGAGCAAUGGGAUGAGAUGCUCGCAACUAAAGGCUUAACAGUUGUAGAUGUCUACCAGCAGUGGUGUGGUCCAUGCCGUGCUGUUGUCAGCUUACUGAGGAAGAUCAAAAAUGAACUGGGAGAUGACUUGUUACAUUUUGCCACAGCAAAAGCUGACAGUAUCGAUGCUCUAGAAAGGUACAGGGGGAAGUGUGAGCCCACCUUCCUGUUCUAUGGGGGGGGGGAGAUGGUCUCAGUGCUACGGGGGGCUAACGCUCCUCUCCUCCAGAGGAUGGUGUUGGAGGAACUGGCCAGGGAGAAGACUGUCCUGGAGGAGGGAGGGGAACGCAGAGUGGUGAGAGAUGAAGGUUUGAUAGAUGAAGAAGAGGAGAAGGAUCAAAGUGAUGAAGAUAUACUUGUUCCAGACAGUAAAUCCUACACGGUGGCCAUCAUCAAACCAAACGCAGUGGCUCACGGCAAAGCCAGUGAGAUUAUCAUGAAGCUUCAGGAUGCCGGGUUUGAGAUCCUAGUCCACGAGGAGAGAACGCUGAGCGACUCUGAAGCACGAGAUUUCUACCAGAACAAAGUAGGAGAGGUCAGUAGUUUUCUACCAGAACUAAGUAGGAGAGGUCAGUAG